UAUUAAGGUUGGUACAAUCUCUACUCCAUGUUUGAAUUUAGGGUUUACAGUGAGUUUGAAAGAAGCAACGGUCACGCGUGGUCAACCGGCUUUUGAUUUUACACAUCUCGCUUUCUUAGAACAUAAAAUCCAUCGUUGUUCGGACCUUCGCAUGCCUUUGACAUCCUAAGAUUAGUAAGAUGGUACUUAAAAGAAAGGAUCCCGGGAGGGCUUACUCCCCAGCCCGAAAAGCUCUAUCUAGAUCGGGUGUGGGACUGUGUCGCUCUCCUCGACGUGCCCUUUCUACUUCUUUCCAAGCAUCAUCUAGACCAGUUCCCUCAGCACGUCCAGGAGCAUCCAGAGGACCUGUCAGACGAUCCUCUGCCAAUGUCAAAGUGGUUGUCAGAGUACGGCCUUUGAGCCAACGUGAAACAGAGAACAAUUCAAGGGUAAUUGUGGAUGUUGUCGAUGACAAAAUGAUUGUUUUUGAUCCCAAGAGAGAAGAAGAAACCUUUUUUUUUCAUGGAUCUAAACAGAAAGGCAGGGAUAUGCUAAAAAAGCAGAAUAAAAAUACACAAUACCUUUUUGAUUGUGUUUUUGGUCCCCAAGCAAACAAUGAAAAUGUGUUUGAAGGAAGCACAAAGAGCAUUAUAAAUUCUGUUUUGGAUGGUUUUAACUGCUCUGUUUUUGUUUAUGGUGCAACUGGGGCAGGGAAAACCUUUACUAUGCUGGGGACUCAUGAAAACCCUGGUAUUACAUUCCGUACAAUGGUGGAGCUUUUUGCCCAGAUGGAAAGCCAGAAACAUGACAAGGACUUUGAAAUUGGGGUAUCUUAUCUGGAGGUUUAUAAUGAAACUGUGAAGGACCUUCUAAACCCCUCUUCUGGUGCUCUCUUUUUGAGAGAGGACGGUGCUGGGGUAGUUGUUGCUGGCCUUAAAAUGGAACGAAUAUCAGAUCCCAAUCGCAUGUUUGAACUACUGGAACAUGGAAACCAGAACCGGUCACAACAUCCAACAGAUGCGAAUGCUGAAUCAUCAAGGUCUCAUGCUGUGUUCCAGGUUUAUAUAAGAAUGAAAACUAAAUCAACUGCUCAGACCAAAAUGGUGAAAUUGUCCAUGAUAGAUCUUGCUGGAUCAGAACGAGGGGCAGCUACAGGAGGUGCUGGAGUUAGAUUCAAAGAAGGUUCCAACAUCAAUAAAUCUUUGCUGGCAUUAGGAAAUUGCAUCAAUGCCUUGGCUGAUGGACAACGCCAUAUUCCAUACCGAGAUUCAAAACUGACACGAUUGCUGAAGGAUUCACUUGGAGGAAACUGCCAAACAGUGAUGAUUGCCAAUAUCUCUCCAGCUCAUCCAACAAUAGAAGAUACCCACAACACCCUUAAGUAUGCCACUAGAGCCAAAAGUAUAAAAUGUCAGAUUAAAAGGAAUGUUGUCUCAGUUGAACUUCAUGUGUCUCAUUACAUCAAAAUGGUUGAAGACUUGCAAACUGACAAUGGGCGUUUAAAAACUGACAACGAACGUUUAAAAUCUGAAUAUGAAAAGAUAAAGAAAGAGUUUGAAGAAUAUAAGGCUCGAAACCUAAGUAUUCCAUCUGAAGUUCUUCCCCCAGCACAUUCAGCUUUACCAUCCCCUCCCCAGUCACACUUGCCACCUGCAGUAGCUGCAGCUGUUGCAGCCAUCAGUAGCAAGAUGAAGACAGCAACUUCUACAACAACAAUAGGUGUCAAUACGUCACCUUUUAAGGGAUUGAAGCUGAAAACUGAGGAAUUAGAGAGGCUUCGAAAUGAGGCAGAAGAUCUUUACAAUCAAAAGGCAAAGCUUCACCAACGGUUUCUUAACAUGGAUUCAUCAGAUAAAGUUCUCAGAUGGAGGAUUAAAAUGAAGCAGCGUGCCAUUGAUAGAGUGCAGGCCAUGAGUUCAACACCAACUCGACUCAACCAGGUCCAAGUUAAAGUUGACAAAUCAGUUGAUCAGUUCAGAGGCCGCCUAAACUCAGUGAAUGAAUGUCAGGUAGCAGUGUCAGCAGAUGAGAGUGAAAUUAACAAAAGGCUCGAAGGAAUUCGAGAGGAACUUCAAAGGUUAGGUGUUUUUGAUGAAGUUGCUCCACAUUUGAAAGCAUUUGAAUUAGAGUUUCUUAAUCUUGAGCUAUCUCUUAAAUGUCAACACCUUGAGAAGUUGGUUGAAUAUUUGGACAAAGGAUUUGAGAGCCAAGAUGAAGUAGUAAAGACUGUCAGUGGUCUCUUCCGAAAAUACUAUAACCUUGUUCGAGGGCACGGCCACAUGACUAAUGAUUUAGUUAGCCAACAUGAGGCUGCCAUGCGUGGUCUUGAAGGUUUGAAGUCUGUUCAGUGGAGGACAGGAAGUGCGAUAUCGGUCUUUCAUCCAGCUGAUGAGUCUGAAGAGACACCUGUCACUUCCAUUACAACUGAUGAACUUAAAUGCACAAAAGACAGUACACAACCAUCACUGCCUUCACUAGUGCCAAAGGGAAAUGUACUUGACACUAUUAAAAAUGAAGUGCUUGUUCAAAGCCCACUGUGUUCUAGCUCAUCAAAUCCUUCAAGCGUCCCUGAGGAUAUAGAUACUGCUACUAUGCUGGCCUCUAUGGAAGAUUUAGACUCAAAGGUGGACAACAUUUUGAGCACAAGUAUUUCAUCUACUGCUGCAGAGACUGACGGAGAAGACAAAGAACGACCUCUAAAUGUAACUUUUGAUGGGGAUUCGAAUCUUAAUUCUACAUUCGUCAAAGACAGUGAAGAACCAUCAAAAGUUUGUCUUAAUGAAACAUUUGAAAAGACAGAAGCAAGUGGUCAAGCCCUGGCUGUGGGACCUAAGGAGAAUGCUGCAAGUGGCCAAGUUUGUCAAGUUGAGGAGUUAAAUAAUACAUUUUCAAUGGAGGAAAGUUCAUCCAAAGUAACUGUGAUGAAACUGAGUGUUCCUGAAACUGUCCAGGGAUACCGAAGAUCACCCCAACUGCAUGUCUCACCUAAUAGCUCUCCUUACCACAAGAGAUUCCCCUCCCCUUCCAACUCAUCUCCAUUAAGAGUUCUUAAGUCUCCAAAUCCACGAUCCCCAUUAAGUGCGGAGUCGAAAAAGGAUUCGUCCUCCUCGCCUCCAGUUGUAGGCCCUCUAAAAAAACAAGUUUCUUCAAUAUCACCUGUGCUGUUAAGUAGCGCAUUGUUGAAGAAACCUUCAUCCAUCUCACCAUCUACAAGUGCCCUGUCGACUACUACCCUUACUAAAAAGACGGGCACUAAUUCUCCAGCAUUUGCUGUACCGGCACCUGUACCUGCCAAGUCCAGUGUUGGACUUAAAAGACCGGUUGGAGGAAUUGUGGACAAGAGAAAAGCAAUUAUCUCCAAUCCUGUGCCUCAGAAACAGACUGCUAAGAUUCUCAGUAUUAACCGUAAGCCUCUUGGAGCUAAACCAAAUCCAAAUUUAAACACACCCAAUAAGGUGAAGAUGGCCUGGAACAAAGAAAAUAGGAAUACCAAUGCUGCAAGCAGAUCCGUUACCAUCAAACUUCCAAAAAAUGCUGUCAAUUCCAGGACUGUACCAAAAGCCCCAUCUGCUCCUGUUCCUUUAAAUGACACCUUUACCAAAUGAAUCAUUCAUUCAACUUUAAUUAACUAUAACGUACUAUUGUGAAUACAUGUAGAGUUUUAUUUUGUGAAACCAUGUCCUUUGAAUCCUGAACUUUAUUUCAAGUGAAUGGCCAGUUACCAUUGUGUAUACUGCACUAAUUCUGAAAAUAUUUCGUCAAUAAUUGUUCGGGGAAUUCUGCAAUAUUGUUGAUUGUUAUAAAUUUUCUUAACUUAUAUAAUGUUUUAAAAAAAAUACAAAUUGGUAAAUUAUUUAUCAUUGUUUUAAUCUUUGCAUAUAAUUUAGUUCAUCUCUUUUAAUCUGAAAUUAUUAUUGAUCCAUUCAAUUAAAUGUUUUUAUAUUAGUAGUUGUGAGGAGGUGGUGCUCACAUUUUCCUUAACAUUGAUGUACUGUAUACCUAGAUAGAUCCACUUUAUAUUGCCAAAGUAAUUACUGCAUACUAUAACUGGUUGACAUAUUGCAUGUGUAGAGCUAUGUAAACUGCCAGUUAUAUAAAAGACUGUAUAUUUGUGUAUAUUUCUUUGAUAUUGAUUUGUUGGUACUGUAUUUAAAAUUUAAUAAUAACCUUGAACUACUGUA